AUGCUUCCUCAAUUGAAAGACUUUAAUUGGUAUAUUGAUAUGAAAUUGUUACCUGCUGCCAAUGGUCAACGUAUUCAACAACCAUCAUGUGUUCUUUCGUUAGAUAUAAACGAUCCAACAAAAUCAGAUGGUGAAACUGAAAAAUCCGUUCAAGUUGAAUUAUCCAAAGAAACACUUAAUCUUGUUUUGGAUAAUUUUACAAGAAUUCGGGAACAACUUAAUACAUUAGCCAAGCGAGAAUAA